AUGGCCGAAGCAGUUGCCAUCAUAGGACUCGUCUCCUCCAUAGCGUCGCUAUUCGAACUUAGUGUUGGAAUCGUGUCUCGAUUGCACGACUUUACCUCCAAAACCUCGGAAGUUCCCGAAUCAUUUCGUUCACUGACAAUCCGGCUGCCUCUACUGACGGAAACACUUCAACGCAUCCAGACUCAGGCAAAUUCACACCGCCUUCCUGACGAUGUAACCAAAGCUCUGACAGCGGUUGUUCGCAACACUUCCGAGCAACUGUUGGCUAUACAGACCCGCCUCUCCAAGAUUCUCCCCUCCGAUAGCGCAUCGAGGCUGGAGCGGGCUCUGAAGGCGCUAAAGAGCCUAGCUAGGGAAGAUGAAAUACAACAGGCACUGGAGAAGAUAGAAAAGAACAUUAGUGUCCUGGUGUUAUACCAGACAACAGGGCAUGUGGACACUGGUGACCUCAUAUUAGCACAACUGUCAGAAUUAACUAUGAUCUCUAAGUCAGCGUCGAGGUCGUUCGGAAAGGAUGAGCUUUUGUCUCUUGCGCGAGCAACUGGAAAGACAAUUCUGGAAGAGCUUUCUCCACAGACGCAAUCGAUAAUCUCCAACAGCAACCGGGGACUUCUCUUCAGGUUUUCGCAAUUACCCAUCGCUGCGCAGGAGAAAUUCAUAGCCCGGCAAGAAAAAGAACUCCGUCAGUUCGUGGAGCAAGAAGAAGCAAAAGUCCUCGAAUUCUUGACUGGGUUCGACACUCGAGAUCGAUUAGCAGACCAAGGAAGACGUAGAGCUGAGGGUUCUUGCGACUGGAUCCUCGAAAGCCCAGACUACCUCAAUUGGGUUGGAGGAAACUGCAAUCGAUUGUGGCUGCUUGGAGGCCCAGGUUCUGGUAAGACUGUUGUGAGCGCCUUCAUAACAGAGGCUCUGAACAAUGGGCUCAGGCGUGAGGACGUUUUGGCGGUCUACGCUUGCUCAUUCACAGAUUCGCAGACAACAUCGGCAACGAACAUAUUAUAUGCGUUGGCUGCACAGAUUGCACAGAGCUCUCUUGCAUGUAUGGAAAAAUGCAAGCGAUUUCUAGAAAGACAUCUCUCAGAGGGCAAGCUGAAAGCGGAAAUCCAAGACCUCCAGGACCUUAUAGUUGAAAUGUCUCUGUCUACCGAUAUCCAACGAAUCUUCAUCGUGAUUGAUGGACUCGACGAAGUUGAAUGGGAGCAACCUGAUCAUUUGAUGGUUAUCGUUGAUAUUCCACAAUAUGCAAGAAAAGUCAAGAUGUUAAUCACUAGCCGACCAUGUCCUCGGGUUGCGAAAGCGCUGCAAGGGUACUCUACGCUAUCAAUGAACGAUGUAACCUUCAACGAUGCCCUCGCGGCAUUCAUUGACGGGGAACUCAAGCGCAGCAGGCUUGCAAACAUACCACAGCACGAUUUCGAUGAGCUCAAGGAGAGCUUGAUUAGGACAAGUAACGGAAUGUUCUUACACGCUCAAAUGGCCAUUAGCCUCCUCUCAGAAUCUUACCAGAAUGUUCGUACCUUCCAACAGACAAAGGAAGCCCUACUCCAGGAUUUGCCGAAAACCUUGGAAGAGGUCUACAAUUUGAAAAUGCUCACCAUCCAGGCAAACAACAGUGCAAUCGAUGCUACUGCUGUCGAAAGUUACUUACGCAUCCUAGCUGCUAACCCUGAGAUGGAUCCACUUACUGAAUUGCACCAAGCUGCCAUUCAGGAAUGCCCAGAUGUCCCAUACUACACCCCAGAAGACCUAGCUGAGCGAGCUCAAGGUCUGCUGAAAUGGGACCCAGAAAGCCGACGGCUUCGAUUCAUCCAUUUAAGCGCAAUAGAUUAUAUGCUAUUACACACUCGCUAG